AUGGCCAGGACCCCUCGGUACCGGCCAGGACAACUCCGUACCAUUCCGUACCCCUCAGUACCAGCCAGGACAGCUCGAUACCAGCCAGGACCCCUUAGUACCAAUCAAGCCCCCUCAGUACCAGCUAGGACCCAUUGGUACCGAUCAGAACACCCUGGUACCGGCCAGGACCCCUCAUUACUGGCCAGGACCUUUUGGUACCAGCCAGGAUACCCUGGUACCGGCCAGGACAACUCCGUACCAUUCAGGACCCCUCAGUACCAGCCAGGACAGCUCAGUAGGACAGCUCAGUACCAGCCAGGACCCCUUAGUACCAAUCAAGCCCCCUCAGUACCAGCUAGGACCCAUUGGUACCGAUCAGGACACCCUGGUACCGGCCAGGACCCCUCAUUCCUGGCCAGGACCUUUUGGUACCAGACAGGAUACCCUGGUACCGGCCAGGACCUCCUCAUACUGGCCAGGACUCCUUGGUCCUGUCCAGGACACCUCGGUAGUAGGUGUUCCCAGGCAGGACCCCUCGGUCCCGGCCAGGUUACUCUGGUACCAGCCAGGACACCUGGCUCGGCCGUUGACGGCAGGAGCGGCGCCAAAGUGGCCAUAAAGAAGCUGUACCGCCCGUUCCAGUCGGAGCUCUUCGCCAAGCGGGCCUACCGCGAGCUGCGCCUCCUCAAGCACAUGCGCCACGAGAACGUCAUUGGAAUAUUGGAUGUAUUCACACCAGAUGUAACACUGGAGAAAUUUAAUGACUUCUACCUAGUCAUGCCAUUUAUGGGAACGGACUUGAGUAAGAUAAUGAAGCAUGAGAAACUGACUGAAGACCGAAUCCAGUUCCUGGUGUAUCAGAUGUUGAAAGGCCUAAAGUAUAUUCACUCAUCAGGCAUAAUUCACAGGGAUCUGAAACCCGGAAACCUGGCAGUAAAUGAAGACUGUGAAUUGAAGAUCCUGGAUUUUGGGUUGGCAAGGCACACGGACAGUGAGAUGACAGGUUACGUGGUUACGAGGUGGUACAGAGCCCCAGAGGUCAUACUCAACUGGAUGCAUUACACACAAACAGUUGACAUCUGGUCUGCGGGCUGCAUAAUGGCUGAGAUGAUAACUGGGAGGCCUCUGUUCAAAGGAAACGAUCAUCUGGACCAACUCACCGAAAUAAUGAAAAUAACAGGCACACCAACUCAAGAUUUUGUUCAAAAACUGCAGAGUCAAGAUGCAAAAAACUAUAUCAAAAGCCUCCCAAAAGUCCAGAAAAAAGAUUUUGCAUCGAUCUUGAAGUACGCGAGUCCCUUGGCUGUAAACCUCUUGGAGAGGAUGCUGGUGCUAGAUGCAGAUAAGAGAGUCACAGCAGCCGAGGCUUUGAUGCAUCCUUACUUUGAACCUAUUCAUGAUCUGGAGGAAGAAAUCGAAGCUGAGAAAUACGACGACACGUUUGAUAACAUGGAUCUUCCACUGGAUGAAUGGAAGCGUAUUACAUAUAAAGAGAUACUGAACUUCAAGCCACCACAAACGUCAGAGUCAAAGGAGACAGCGGUGUAAUCGUGGGACUUGAUCCUU